AUGGAAAAGGAAUUUUCUGUCGGUCAAAAUAUACAAGAACGAGUUGAUAAAUUAAUUAAUUCAUUUCGAAGUUCAUUUUGGAUUGAUGAAGAUCAAUGGUUUGUUCUAUGUCUCACAUAUGACAGAACUAUUCAUCUUGAAACUUUAUCUGAAAUAUAUUAUCAUUCCCAAAUCAAACCUUCUGACUCAUGCAAAUCGACCAAUCCUCAUGAUGAUUAUCACAAAUUUUAUAAUAACAUAAAUAACAUUGAUUAUAAUGGUUUCUUUUUUGAUCGGCCAUUUCCAUUUGAUCUUUGUUUGUCUAAAAUUCGGCAUUUUUCUAUGAAAUCUCGAAUUCAUGAUCAAUUUUGGUCUAUUGUUUUAAGUUUGAAAAAACCCUAUUCACUUACAGGAUCUUUUAUUUCUGAUGCAUUUCAAUCUCAAUUUCAAAGUUUACUUGCUCAUGCGCCCCAUCUUCGUUCUCUGAAUAUUAGUGAAGGGGGUAAAAUCUUAUCGCUAAUUCCUCAUUUCGCCAAUUGGCGAACACAGUAA